UUAUUGUGAAUGGCAACAUCAUAUGUUCCUCAAAACGUGGACUUAAUUCGUCAAGAAAUUUUUUAAACGUCAAUUUUGAAUUAAAAUGGGAAAGGACCGUGGAAGAGGGCGGAGAAACCAUCAUUCCAGGCCAUACAAUAAAACCAACUGGCGUGGUCAAAAAAAGGAUCGGACGCAAAACAAUGGAGAGGGUCAACGCAACAGAAAUAUACCACAACAGAAAACCACGCUGCGUGAAAACGAAGUAGGCAUUACUGAGUUCACAAAUCCGGAUGCACCUGGUUUCACCGGUAUUCUUAAGUCACGAUUUUCCGAUUUUCAUGUAAACGAGAUUGAUAGGUCUGGAAAAGUUUUGGAAUUGAAUGAUUUAAGCGUGCCAAAAGUGGCUAUUGUGGCUGUGGCUGAAAAAGAACUUGAAAAUUGGAGGAAAGAACUGGAGGCAGUGAUUGGCCCAGAAGUUUGGCAGGACAUAGCCAAUCUGGCUGAGGCCAAAAAUGAUCCUAAAAUCGAGCAAAAAGUUGAAAUUGAUGUCACUACUCUAGACAAGGAGCAGCGAACGCAAGUCCAUCAAUUGAUCAAGCAGCUGUACAAGGGUAAGUUACUGUCCACCACGAUUGGACAGCAACAGUUUAAGCCAAAGGCACAAGAAGACUCAUCUCUGGAGGAGAAGGGUUCUGCUAAGGAUGAUGUACCAGCCAAGGAAGAUCCUCAAGUACCGGCGGAUGAAAAGAAAACCAUAAGGAUACUUAAACCUAAACCAGGACGUGGGGACAAACGCUGGAACUUUCCCGCGGACUAUGUUACUUUCUUGGUGCACAAAACAAAUCUGGUUACCAGUGAUGUGGCCUCAACUUUAGCCUCGCGCCUAAACUUGCGACCCUCACAGGUGAACUACAGUGGCAUUAAGGACAAGCGAGCCAAAACCACCCAGAAUUUCUCCGUCAAACACCGUUCACCGGAGAACAUCUUAAGUGCAGCUCGCUGCCUACGUAAUGUCCAGAUUGGCAACUUCGGAUUCCAACCCAAUACCCUUAAGUUGGGAGAUCUACAGGGCAAUCGCUUCCGGAUAGCCCUGCGACACAUUGCAAAGGAGAAACGAAGCGAGAUCGAGGUAGCGCUGGAAUCUUUGAAGGAACGAGGUUUCAUAAACUAUUACGGACUGCAGAGGUUCGGCAACAGCGCCAGCGUACCAACCUACGAAGUGGGUGUGGCCCUCCUAAAAAGUGAUUAUAAACUGGCCUGUGAAUUGAUUCUGAAGCCACGGGACUCUGAUUUAGAAUUCAUGCGUCCGAUUCGAGAGGAGUGGUGGAAAAAUCGCGACUCACAGGCGGCAUCUGCAAAAAUCCACGGCGAUAAGUUUAUCGAAAAAAAGCUGCUGGAUGGCUUAGCCAGAUUUGGAGAGUCCGAUUACUCCUCAGCCUUACGGCAGAUUCCACGAAACAUGCUUAUGCUAUAUCCACAUGCCUACCAGAGCCUCAUUUUCAAUAGGAUUGCCUCUAGGAGAAUCAAGAAAUUUGGUUUGAAGCUAAUUCCUGGGGAUUUGAUUUAUGUAGAGCAGGAACAGAUGGAUGGGGUGGAGCAGGAAUCACGGCAGCGGUCUGAGGAUGAGCAAAAGGAAGGGGAGAAUAACGAUGAUCUCCCUGAAUCCGUAGGAGACGAGGAAACUAUUGAAGAAGAGUCUGUUUUUAAACGGAAGGUACGCCCGCUUACUGCAGAGGACAUUGCCAGCGGCAAAUUUAAACUGUCCGAUGUGGUUAUUCCUCUACCAGGACACGACAUCACUUAUCCCAGCAACGAGUGCGGUGCCUGGUACGAGGAAAUGCUAGCCGAAGUGGGUCUCUCAUCGGAUCAGCUCAAGCACAAGGAGAAGACUUAUGCUUUGGCUGGCGCUUAUCGAAAGAUGAUUAUAUCGUCUAGUGAUCUGAAGUGGAAAUUCCGACUGUACAAUACGCCAGAAGACACUUUAAUUGCCUCCGACUGGGAACUGCUAAAAAACAUUCCGGUCACUCCAGAGCCGACAGAGGAUGAGGGAAAAUUUAUGGCACUAUUGCUAGAAUUCUCCCUGCCCACGGCUGCCUAUGCCACUAUGUUCUUGCGCGAACUCUUGAAGCAGGACACAUCUUCAGCUUUUCAAACGCAGCUGGAAAAGGAGGCAAUGUCCAAGGAGGAAAAGCAAAAAGAGGCGGUAUCUCAGCAAGAAGCCAAGGAGGUGCCUAUAGAGGAAGUGCAGGAAUCUAAGGAGGUGGAAAUGCAAGAGGCUAAGGAGGUGGAGGUGUGAGCCAAUUGAGAUACAAAAAAUCAAUAUGCUUGGGAAAUCAAUUUUACGCGCGCUUCGUAUCCAACUUCAAACCAACCACAACAAUAACAAUGCGCACGUGAGGACGAGGGCUGUUCUCUCACAUCCUGUGGCUCGCACCCUGUUUCUCUCUUUCGGUCUCUAUCUCUCUCUGUCUGCCUGGGAGAGUCCUUUUGGUCCUGUCCCUUUGAAUGCGAUUUCAUUCGUUCGGUGGCCAGCAACGCGAAAGCUCGAUACCACGCGCUGCGCAGUUUCCCCAGCUCAAAAGUCCAAGUCGCACGGUUUUCCCCAGCGUUCUGAAUGAAGUGUAAUAUCAAAUUAUUAAUUCACAACAAAUAACGAAUAUCUACGGUCUCCCGAAAAAUACCGGGGAUCGAUUUAAAUCAUCCAGCGAAGAGAUUUAAACCAAAUAAUAAGCAGGAAUAGAGACAAGGUGAAUUACCAGUUAAAUGUAGCAUUUACACGUUUUGGGCGCGUAUUUUGAAAAGCCAUUUUAAUUAGGCGUAAGUAUUAUUCGAAAUUGAGAAAUUGUUUGUAAUUAAAUAUAAAGCGGACAAAAACGUUGAACUUACUUCCACAAGAA